GUCUGUAGGACCGCGCCGUUCCCUCCAUUUCCAGGCCAGGCCGCCUCCCACUCUCCUGUGCUCAGUCCGCGCCGUGUUCGUGUCCCGCAGCAUGGAGUACGAGUGGAAGCCGGACGAGCAGGGGCUCCAGCAGAUCCUGCAGCUGCUCAAAGAGUCCCAGUCCCCGGACACGACCACGCAGAGAUCCGUGCAACAAAAAUUGGAGCAGCUUAACCAGUUUCCAGACUUCAAUAAUUAUUUAAUAUUUGUUCUCACCAAGCUGAAAUCUGAAGAUGAACCUACAAGGUCUUUGAGUGGGCUGAUCCUGAAAAAUAAUGUUAAAGCUCAUUUUCACAAUUUUCCAAAUGGAGUGACCGACUUUAUCAAGAUUGAAUGUCUGAAUAACAUCGGGGACUCGUCUCCCUUAAUUCGAGCGACAGUGGGUAUCCUGAUCACAACAAUUGCUUCAAAGGGAGAGCUACAGAACUGGCCAGAGCUGUUGCCAAAAUUGUGUGGUCUCUUGGACUCUGAAGAUUACAACACAUGUGAAGGAGCUUUUGGAGCCCUUCAGAAAAUCUGUGAAGACUCUGCUGAGAUUUUGGACAGUGAUCUUUUGGAACGACCUCUCAAUGUUAUGAUCCCCAAGUUCUUGCAGUUCUUUAAACAUAGUAGUCCAAAAAUAAGGUCGCAUGCUGUUGCUUGUGUUAAUCAGUUCAUCAUUGGAAGAACCCAAGCUCUUAUGCUGCAUAUUGACUCCUUUAUUGAGAAUUUGUUUGCUUUGGCCACUGAUGAAGAACCUGAAGUUCGUAAAAAUGUCUGCAGGGCUCUUGUCAUGCUGCUUGAAGUCCGAAUGGACCGGCUGCUUCCCCACAUGCACAAUAUUGUGGAGUACAUGCUGCAAAGGACACAGGAUCAAGAUGAAAAUGUUGCUUUGGAGGCAUGCGAGUUUUGGCUGACUCUGGCCGAGCAACCCAUUUGUAAAGAAGUUCUGUGCAGGCAUCUUACAAAGUUGAUACCAGUCUUGGUAAACGGAAUGAAAUAUUCAGAGAUAGAUAUUAUAUUGCUCAAGGGUGAUGUAGAAGAGGAUGAAGCGGUUCCUGACAGUGAGCAGGACAUACGGCCUCGGUUCCACAGGUCACGAACGGUGGCUCAGCCACAUGAAGAAGAUGGGAUUGAGGAGGAUGAAGAUGAUGAGGAUGACCUUGAUGAUGAUGACACGAUAUCUGAUUGGAAUAUAAGAAAGUGUUCAGCUGCUGCUCUUGAUGUGCUUGCGAAUGUGUUUCGGGAUGAACUUUUGCCACACAUAUUGCCUCUUUUGAAAGAAUUACUUUUCCAUCCUGAAUGGGUAGUAAAGGAAUCUGGAAUAUUGGUUCUUGGUGCAAUUGCAGAAGGUUGCAUGCAGGGUAUGAUCCCAUACCUCCCCGAGCUCAUCCCUCACCUUAUUCAGUGCCUUGCUGAUAAGAAGGCUCUUGUGCGCUCCAUCACCUGUUGGACCCUUAGUCGCUAUGCACACUGGGUAGUUAGCCAGCCCCCAGACAUGUAUUUAAAACCAUUAAUGACAGAGCUGCUAAAACGAAUUCUCGACGGCAACAAACGAGUUCAAGAAGCUGCUUGCAGUGCCUUUGCUACCUUAGAAGAGGAGGCUUGUACUGAGCUUGUCCCCUACUUGGCUUACAUUUUGGAUACUUUGGUCUUCGCAUUCAGCAAAUACCAGCAUAAAAACCUGCUCAUCCUUUAUGAUGCUAUAGGAACGCUAGCGGAUUCUGUUGGACAUCACUUAAAUAAGCCAGAAUAUAUUCAGAUGCUGAUGCCUCCACUUAUCCAGAAAUGGAAUGUUCUAAAGGAUGAAGACAAGGAUCUCUUCCCUUUACUUGAGUGCCUAUCUUCUGUUGCUACUGCACUUCAGUCUGGUUUCUUACCUUACUGUGAACCUGUGUACCAGCGUUGUGUGAACUUGGUACAAAAGACUCUUCAACAAGAAAUGGUGCACAAUAACCAACCAGACCAGUACGAGUCUCCGGAUAAAGAUUUUAUGAUUGUAGCUCUGGAUUUACUCAGUGGAUUGGCGGAAGGGCUUGGUGGUAACAUAGAACAGCUUGUCGCAAGAAGCAACAUCCUUACAUUAAUGUACCAGUGCAUGCAGGAUAAAAUGCCAGAGGUACGGCAGAGUUCUUUUGCAUUAUUAGGGGAUCUCACUAAGGCUUGUUUUCAACAUGUGAAAGUGUGCAUUGCUGAUUUCAUGCCCAUUUUAGGAACAAACUUAAACCCUGAGCUAAUUUCUGUGUGCAACAACGCCACUUGGGCUAUUGGUGAAAUUUCCAUACAAAUGGGAGCUGAAAUGCAACCGUAUAUUCCCCUGGUGUUGCACCAACUUGUAGAAAUAAUUAACAGGCCGAACACACCAAAGACACUCUUAGAAAAUACAGCAAUAACAAUUGGUCGUCUUGGUUACGUUUGUCCUCAAGAGGUGGCCCCCAUGCUACAGCAGUUUAUAAGACCCUGGUGUACUUCAUUGCGGAAUAUCAGAGACAACGAGGAGAAGGACUCCGCUUUCCGUGGUAUUUGUACGAUGAUCACUGUUAAUCCUGGAGGUGUAGUUCAGGAUUUUAUUUUUUUCUGCGAUGCUGUUGCAUCUUGGAUUAAUCCAAAGGAAGACCUCCGGGACAUGUUCUGUAAGAUUCUUCAUGGAUUUAAAAACCAAGUAGGAGAAGAAAAUUGGAGACGCUUCUCAGACCAGUUUCCGCCUCCCCUUAAAGAACGUCUUGCAGCUUACUAUGGAGUUUAACCUAGAUGUGCUGUAGCUGCAGUCUCAACAUUAGGGGUCCUUCAGUCUGGGAGACAGCGGGGGAGCCUCUGCACCCAGGGAAAAGCUACCCUAUUGUAGGGGGGAAGGGCAAACCAGUAGGGAACACAGUACAAUCCCAAAGCCUACUGGGAGGGGCGGGAGGGAGGUGUUGCCGUCACUGUAUUAAGUCGAUGUCGGGAAACGUGUAAACGUCUGGAAGCCUAUGUGGGUGGAAACAUGUCUCCUUAACAAUUCUGCACUGGAUGUGAAGAAGCAAAUUCUAAUCGCCAAACAGCACAUUCUGGUAUAUGGGGAAGGGUACUUUAAAGGAGUACCUUACAAUUGGACUCUAGAGGGGGUGGAGAUAGAGGAAAAUAAUUUUUGCACACUUCAGAGGAAAUCUUCAGAAUGGGGUUCUAGCAGUAAAUCGCAUAUAUUUUAAAGCAAAGGGUCGCCUAACUAUCCCACUAAUUGGGAGUUCUGUGUUUGCAUGUUAAUGAAGACAUACCUAGAUGAAGUUGGCGAAGUUAAACACAGCUUGCUAUGUGUGUUAAGUGCAGGUAAUUGCAAUUGCACUUCAGAUGCCUGUGACAUUAGUUAAGAUUUGCAUAAAUUGACAUCCACCAAAAUGCCAAAUUUAGUAUUUUUUUUUAUGAUUAUUUAUUUUUUCUUUCAGGAGGGGGAGUAACUAGGUAAAAAAAAAUAACUCCUUAGUUUUAGUUUACUAUAAAUCUUUAAUAUAAGCAUAUAUUUUUUUAAGAGUCACUCCUUUGCUGAAUGUUAAUUUCUGGGGUUUUGGCAGAAAAAUUAAAAUGUUUAAACCAAGGCAUUUAGUUCUAAUUUUUGAGAUCGUGAAGUGCUUUGCACCUUUGUGCAGUGUCAUGAGGAUUUUCCUUGUUUAGGGGUCUGCAGGAUUCUUUGUAGUGGUUAAAAAACAAAAAUAAUAAUUUUAGUGAGUUAAGUAGCAUGCUUGUAUCACACAUUAAGAUAGGCCAACACAUACCCAUAUGCGCCAGGAUAUUUUUUUAAAAAAUAUUAUUUUUUUUCAGUUUACAGGCGAAAUAUGCAUUGAUUGUCUGUUUUUAGGUUUCUUAGAUAUAAUUUAAGGAUACAUUUUAAGUGCUGCAGAGUACGGUUAGACCUUAACCUAUCAAUAGGGCCUGCCACACUGUAUUGCAAGCCUGUCUGAUGGAAAGUGGUGUAAAAAAAAAAAAUAUAAAUAUCUCCAGCAUCUGUCAAUUUGAGAAACAAACAAAAAAAAGUAUCACAUUGUGGAAACUUAUCUACUUGUGGAAAACCUUGUUGCCUCUGUGCUGUUAGUGUGGUGUGCUACUUGCAUGGAUAAGUACUAGUGAUUACUACAAGUUCUGUGGAGUAAGAUCAGUCUAAAAGGAUGCAUAUGUGUUAGGUGGCGCAUUUGGAAAACUGUAGACAUCAAGGUAAUUGCUAAAAUUCACUAGUGAUUUUCACUUUAAUGUAUUACCCCCCCCUUUUUUUUUUUUUUUAAAAGCAUGAUCAUAUACAAUUAAUUUCAUAAAAGCAGGGUAUCUGCUCUCUAUUGGUGCAUGCUGGUGGCCCUUUGUACCCUAAGCAGAUACAUUGGGGUGCGAAUUAAAUAGCAUCAGAAUGAAAGAUGGGUUUUGGUUCCUUUAUUUUCUCCCCCAUUUCAUUUUGUUCUGUUUUUUUGUUGCUUUUCUUCACUUUGUAUUCCUGUGAAUAAACCCUUAUUAAUUUAACCUUUUAUUUUUCUUUCCAUGUGUAUUUUCUUACGUACUGUGAAUGUGAAAAAUUUAACUGGCACUCCUAAUGAAGGUGUCCAUGUAAAAGUGCAAGUCUUUAUUAAUUCAGAUUGCCUCACUGGUAUCCCAUGAUGAUAAAGAAAUCUCCUUCGAGACAAUGUUAACUCUGCAGGUCAGAGUUCAACCGACACUCUCCAUUUUCUUAGAGCAGAUUCUAAAGCUUGCAAGCAAUGUUAAGCCAUAACCAUUUUUCUAUAUUUGUUCAGUUCGUUUUGCGAAUGAGACAUUUGUAAUGAACUUUGUAAAGCAAAAAUAAUUCCCUGAUUUGCAUGGUUUUAUUUUAUUUGAGUAGUUGAGGUGUGAACUGUUGCACUAAACCUUUACAAGGUAGCAGGAGACAAGAGGACCUUAAAUAUUAAAGGCAACAUAGACGAACAAUCCAAGGAAGUAAUGCUGUUGCAUAAGUAUGGACAGCCCCGUCUUGAAUUUGUUUUAUUUCCCUUUUGAUAUGAAAACUAAGGGAAAUUAAUGGAAAAGUGUCACAAAUGUAAUUAAUUUUGCAUUUAAAGGGAACCUGUCAUCAUGAAUUUUGUUGUUAAUCCAGGCACAAUGCCUUGUAUGGUGAGCUCAGCUGAAUGUAAUGAUACCAUAGAUUAAUUAUUUUUCUGGACAAAAAGUACAUUUAACCUAAUGCAAAAUGAUGUAACUAUGUCAUUUGUGUGUAAAGAAAGUAUGGGGCAGGCUCAUUGGCUGAGCCCACUCCAGACACAGUAGGUGCCAGCUGUGUAAUGCAAAUGACAAAAAAAAUGUAUUCUCUAACCUGUUAGAAAGGUACAUGAUAACUGUAGUGAAGGUAAUCUUCUCACCAGAGACUGUAUUUGAGUUAUCCCCUCCCUUAUCAUCCUCAGUUUUUUUCAUGGGACCAACACCCUGACUUUCCAAUAAGCCAGUUUAUCUAUGUAUUCCUAUAGGAGCCUCAAUGUCUGUCUCAUAGAAAUUAAUAGAGAAGUAACUGACUUCCUGUCCUGUGUCGGUUGGAGAUCAGAGUGGUGGUCACCUGACACAGCUCAGGAGCAGAAGGGAGGUUAUAACUUGCUAAUGCAGUCACUGGUAAGAAAAUUAACUUCCCUACAGUUUACAUCAUUUACCUUUCUAAUGUACAAAUUUGUGGGAGUGCUACUUUAAAUUAGUCAUUUUAACUUCUCAAAGGCUACAAUUAAUGGCAACAGUGGCAUCUGAGCAGACUUCCUCUGUUCUUGGAUAAGACACUCUCACUGGGGAAAUCACGGGGUUCCAAUAGCGGCCUGGUGCCUUGUGAAGGCCCCCAGGUCUGCCAUAGGAAAAUGUCCAUUAAGCCCUGCUGCAAGAUUGCUUGUAAAGAUCCCAUAGAGCGCACUAAGAGGACUAUAAGUGAAAGUAACAUAAUUGGUAUCACCACAUCCAAAAAAUUCCUGUACUACUAAAAUAUAAAAAUAUCAUGAAAGGUGAACACUGUAACAAAGUUAAAAUGAACUUUUUUUCUUCUUCUUUUUUAGCCACCUUGACCCCCAAUCCCCAAAAAAACAAGUGAUCAAAAUAUAUGUAUCCAAAAAUGGUAUAAACGGCCUGCCCUGUAAAAAAUAAAAUAAAAAAUCCUCACACUUCUAUGUAGAUUGAAAUAUAAAAAGUUAUGGGUGUCAGUAAUAAGACAUUUGGUUCCACUGUAAUCAUAUUGAUCUGCAGGAUAAGGUUGUCGUUUUUAGUGCACAGUGUCAUUAAACAAAAAGCGCAAUUUCACCAUGGUAUUUUGGGUUAUUUAUUUUUCACCCCACACUGAAAUCCUUUUCCUCAUUUUUUAAUACAUGUGGUACAUUAGUCGGUUACAAUUAGUCUUGCAAGAAAUAAGCCCUCAAAUGUCUGUUAAUGGAAAAGUAAAGAUGUUAUGGCUCUUAGGAAAAAAAAUGAAAAGGCAAAAAUGAAAAUUGUCCUAAUCCUUAAGGGGUUAAUCCGUAUGCAAAUGAGCCAGGCAAAGUGACUGUGCUGUAACCUGUUGCUGUCAGUCAGGGAGAUGAGCAUAGCUUGGGUCCUCCCUUUUGUGCACUUAACUGCCCACUUGCAGAUGGGUUAAAAGUACUUAUUCUCCAGAAUGAAGCAAUAGAUCGCUGAGUGAAUGGUAUCAUUUAGCCGAGCUAGCCCUACAAGGUAUUGUACCUAGCUUUUAAUGGUGAAUUUCUUGGUGACGGACUCCCUUUAAUUAUUUUUUAUUUAUUUUUUUAAAUACAUUUACUUUCUACCUUUAAGUCUUGGCCUGCAGUUUAGAUGGCAGUCAGAAAUGACUGAACCUAAUUUUCUUAACACAAAGUGAAUCUUAACUUUUUAUGAAACCAACUUCACCACUUCACUUGAGUAGCAUCCAAGGGAGGCAAUAGGUUUGCUUAGUUUUGUAUGCAUUGAAGAUACUCUUAUUUAAAAUACUACUCUAUAUAUAACUCUACGGUCUGGAACAUUUAAAAAAAAAAAAAAGUACAUUUCUUUCAUACAAAAUUUUUUUGCAGGCCAGCAAUCAGAUGUUCCCUUUGACUAUUACAUUGACUUAAAGAUAUCAGAGAAAAAUAAAACCAUUCAAAUGCAACAAUUCAUUUUCUAAGGGGAAAACGGGUCAUGUUAUCGAUAUUUUUGGUGUUUAAAAAAAAAUUGUCUCACAAGAAGCCAUUUUUUGACACUUUAAUGGUCACAGGAGACAGGGUUGCCUUUUUUAGUUUAUCAUCAAUAGUUCCUUGAUUCUUGCAUCAUGGGAUACAUAAAACGUCUUACUAUUGUGGUCUAGUCUUGAGAGUUUUUGAAUGUCAAUGGAAUGUUUUUAGAAUUGUGGGUCUUUUGUCUUGUUACAUUCCAGUGUUUCUGCCUCUUGGCAUGCUAAAAAGCACGGCUUACAAUGUCUGUCUCUCACACUGAAUAAAGUGCUGUUAGAGUGCUAAACUACAGAAAUAGCCGCUGCUAUGUGAUGUAGAUUCUCUACUUGAAUAUUUUUAUGUUGUAGGAACCUCAGGAGGUCUGUGUUUACUGUUUUUAUAUCUACCUUCUUUCCUGUUUGAGCUUCCCUAUUUAGAAGGACUUUAACCAUGAUCAAAAAACUGCUCGUCAACCUAAGUUGGUAACAGAAAGCAGAUUCUUCUUUAUCCACACAAAUGAUAUGGUCACUCUAGUGAAAACUUGUUCACUUUGACGAUAGUAUGGGCGGAGAAGAACUUUUACUUAAAGGGGUUUCAGAUGACUUUCAGCACCUCUCCACUAUAGAGUCCAUUACAGGGUUGGCUUUUUUUUUCCCCCCGACACACACAAA